UCACAAACCAUUUAAAAUGAUACCCUGAUUUACUCCUUCCCCAUUCCGUCAAAUCGGAGUCUUGGGGGCGUGUGGGGGUGAAGGAUUCCACUUUUUGGAUUGAUAAUGGGCAGUGAUCCGUGCGGACCAGCGCGUGUGUCGUUCACACCGCCGACGACAGCGCAGCUGGGUCACAUCCCCACAACACAUUCACUACGACACGUGGCCAACUGGCUCGCCGAAGAUAAAUUCAUCUCAACUCCCAGUACGACUGCCAAAUAUAUUAUCUCCUCUUGAAUUUUCCUUCUCCUUUCCUUCUUCCUCACCCAGUCACCCUCGAAACUGCCAACGCACUAUAACACUUCUGGGAGAAGAUAUUUUCCCAGCUAGCUAGGGUUUGUUCUGAACAGAAGGCUGUAGAAGCAAGCGGAGGAUGAAGCUCCAGUGCAACGUGUGUCAAGUGGCGGAGGCGAACGUACUGUGCUGCGCCGACGAGGCGGCGCUGUGCUGGUCCUGCGAUGAGAAGGUUCACGCCGCCAAUAAGCUCGCCUCUAAGCACCAGAGAGUCCCGCUCUCUGAUUCGUCUUCUUCCAUGCCCAAGUGCGACAUCUGCCAGGUAUGUUUGCAGUCAUCUCUCACUUUUGGAGUAUGGGGAAAUUAGAUUUGAUUUUUUCGGAACCGGAACACUUUUAUGUGGAUAUAAAGCUGUUUCCUUUACUGCAUCUGCGCUACUCAUUCUGGAAUUGCAUUCAUUUUGGCUAAGGUAGGCCUGGUAGCAUCAAUUUUCUUUUGUGGAAACACGUGUAAGUUUUAUUUGCUUACUGUAAUACGUUCUAUAAUUGGUUUAGUUGGAAACAAAUGAGGGAUAUGCUUCAUUGAUUAUCUGCGUUAGUAUGUUUUUGGUGCCAUCCUUUCUAUCAGCCUGCUAAACAAGAAUAAGUGCUUCUGGGUACAGAAGAAUUAAACUAUCUAUUCAUAGACCUAGCUAAUGAGUGAUGGAGAAGGGGAUUUCACGCUCAACUCUGCCUACAUUUCAUCAAGAUAUCUCUAGACUACACUGGGUCGAGAAGAAAUCAUCAGAAAGUGUAGGGUACUUUUUCUGUCUUGAGGAUCGAGCUCUGCUCUGCAGGAAGUGUGAUGUUGCUGUGCACACCACUAAUGCACACGUCUCAGCUCACCAGAGGUUCUUGCUCACUGGGGUGAAAGUUGGACUUGAACCUACUGAACCUGGUCCAUCUCUAUCCUCAGGGAAGUCACAGUCAGCAGGGGAGAAAAUCUCAGAUCAGGAGCUUCGAUCUGUUUCUAGAAGAAACACCCCUAUUGCAUCUCAUAAUAAAGUAUUACCCAUGCAAACAACUGGGUUCGAAAAUUUCGGACCUCCUAAGCCACCAUCUGCUGGUGGUUCUACAGCUGGAAGUAUUCCACAGUGGCAGCUUGAUGAAUUUCUUGGAUUAAAUGAGUUUGGUCAGAAUUAUGGUUUUAUGGACAGUAGUACCUCAUCUAAGGCGGACAAUGGAAAGUUUGGAGACCCUGACAGCUCUCCCCCUACUACUAGUUUCAUGAUCAAUGAGGAAGAGCUGGACGAUGGUGAUGAGUGCUUGGGUCAGUUCAUGGAGGCGUCUUGGGCAGUUCCACAAAUUCCUUCCCCUCCCACAGCCUCAGGACUACAUUGGCCUAAAACUAACCAAAACCCCUUUGACUCUGCGGCCUUUGUUCCUGACAUAUGUUACUCUUCUCCCUUUCAGAAUUUUGAAAACCAACAGCCGAAUUGUAGUAGAAUGAAAAGGAGACGACACUGCUAAGAAAAUUCAUUCCCCAACUACUAUACACUCCUCAUUCAUGAAUAGCGAAUUUGGUCUUUCUUAAUCUCUUAUAUUAAGCACUUGUGUUUUUUAUGGUAUCAAUUAUUUUUGCAGAGC